CCCUCACCAUAUAUGAAAUAAAUUUUAAAAUAAAUUUAUUUUUUACAAAACCAGACUUCAGUUUCCGAGCUCCUCCGUUAAUUCUCCGCAGACGACAUCAUCUUCUCCAUCUCCAACCUACACUCCUCACCUGUAAUAAUGGCGACUAGGUACUGGGUCGUCUCCCUCCCCGUUCCGACCUCUGCAUCGUCUCUAUGGAGUCGCCUUCAGGAAUCCAUCUCCAAACACUCCUUCGACACUCCUCUCUACAGGUUCAAUACUCCGGAUCUUCGCGUUGGAACUCUCGAUUCUCUUCUGUCUCUCAGUGACGAUCUUCUGAAGUCGAAUAGCUUUGUCGAGGGAGUGACUCACAAGAUACGGCGUCAGAUCGAGGAGUUGGAGAGGGGUUCGGGCGGUGAGAGUAAUGCUUUGACAGUGGAUGGGGUUCCUGUUGAUUCCUACUUGACGAGGUUCGUGUGGGAUGAGGCGAAGUACCCUACAAUGUCUCCUCUCAGGGAGAUUGUGGAUGGCAUUCAUGUACAAGUAGCUAAGAUUGAGGAUGAUCUUAAGGUUCGUGUUGCUGAGUAUAACAAUGUACGCAGUCAGCUUAAUGCCAUAAACAGAAAGCAAACUGGAAGCUUAGCUGUACGUGAUCUGUCCAACUUAGUGAAGCCGGAGGAUAUUAUUACUUCAGAACACUUGGUGACGCUCCUUGCUGUUGUUCCUAAGUAUUCACAGAAGGAUUGGUUAUCAACCUAUGAAACACUUGCCACCUAUGUGGUCCCCAGGUCAUCCAAGAAGUUGCACGAGGACAAUGAAUAUGCUCUCUAUACUGUAACUAUAUUUGGUCGUGUUGCUGACAAUUUUAAGACUAGCGCACGAGAGAGAGGUUUUCAAAUUCGUGAUUUUGAAUAUAGUCCAGAAACACAAGAGAGUAGGAAGCAGGAGUUGGAAAAACUGAUGCUAGAUCAGGACACGAUUAGAACCUCUCUUUUGCAAUGGUGCUAUACCAGUUAUGGGGAGGUCUUCAGCUCCUGGAUGCACUUUUGUGCUGUACGUGUCUUUGCAGAGAGCAUUCUGAGAUAUGGAUUGCCACCAUCUUUCUUAUCAGUGGUAUUGGCACCUUCUGUUAAAAGCGAAAAGAAAGCACGCUCAAUCCUAGAAGGUCUGUCUGACAGUGCUAACAGUAGGUUGUCUGAACAGGAGUUGAAGCCCACAACUCCAUGGCACCGAUGAUAACCCUAGGUGUCACUUAAGCCAUGGAUGCGGUCGAUGCAAGAGGACAGAUCCAAAAUGCUGCAUUUGUGUGGGCGAUUCCUUGUCCUGGUAUGGUUAUGAAACUUAGAAAACUCAUAUACUAAGGUGGUGUUUGUUUUUUAUUUGAAGCAUUAGUGGAUAUGAAUUUAUUUGAGUUCUGAAUAAAAAUCCAUGCAAAACUGUUAAUUCAAAUUUCAGAUAAAAUAUCUUAAAAAUAAAAAUUAAAGUUAGAAAAUGAACGUACUAAAUCAUACAAGUUUAUUGAGGAUUUAAGGCUAAAGACAAAAGUAAAAUAUAAAUAAUAAAUAAAAUUUGGAAAAAUACAGAAGGGGCCUGAAGUUGAGGUUCGAGGCAGACAAGCAUUCAAGUAGAGGCCCCAGUAACCUUGUUUCAUUGCUCAAGGGGUUGGCCGUGGCAGGGGCCCUUGUGGGGAUCCACAUUCAAGAUUACUUGUCUCCAAUGUUUACUUGGCUGAUCGCUGUUUGGUUGGCUAGAAAAUUGUUGUUAGAAUAAGAAAAUUGGAGCCAGGUGCCUUCCCAGGUUGUGCUUGGACAAGUUGGCAAGUUGGACUAGGUGGAUGUAUUAAAUGCAAGGGUAACCAAACACUAGGAAAUGUUCAAUGUCGACCAGCUCACUCAUUGGUCCUAACCUCACCAACAAUGAAUCUGCACCU